ACUCAGAAGGCCUCUUUAGUAUUUCCAGUACCACAGGAGUAAUAACAAUAACAAGAGACUUAUCCAAACAGAGUGUUCCCCUGCAUUACUCCCUGAUGGUCACUGCCACAGAUAUGGGUCUGCCACCUCUUUCAACUUCUGUAAUGGUGACUGUAGUGAUAGCUCCCAUCAACAUUUCAUUCCCGAUAUUCUCUGAAGUCAUCUAUCAGCCUGCCCCUCUGAGUGUGAAGACACUACCAGAUACAUUUGUUGUACAGAUCAGUGUGUUGUAUCAUGCCUCUGUGCUGUACAGUAUUGUCUCUGGAGAUGAAAAGGGAUAUUUCUUUAUCCAUCCAUCCACUGGUAUUGUAAAAACAACAAAGACUUUGAAACCAGAAGAUUUUCCAGUCGCUUUCAAUGUGAGAGCAACAGAUUCGUCUGACGCUAGCAUAUUUAAUGAAGUGGCUGUGAAUGUAGAAGUCAUUGUUGAAAAUUAUUUCUCCCCUGUUUUCCCUUCUGCUCUAAUAGAAGAAAGAUUAGAAGAGAAUUUACCUGCUACUCAGAUUGUCCAUCUGAAAGCUCAGGAUAAUGACACAGGUAGAAAUGGUUUUCUGACAUAUGGCAUUCUAGCAGGAGAUGGACUAAAAUUCAGGAUAAAUGAAACAACUGGAAUUCUGUAUUCCACUGUCUCCUUUGAUUAUGAAGAGGAACCUACAGAGUAUCAGCUGGUGAUAUAUGCUGAAGAUGAUGGAAUCCCUGAGAAGAAAAGAGGUUACUGCACAGUUGUCAUAAAGAUCACUGAUGUUAAUGACUGGCCACCUGUCUUUGAUCCAGUGACUGAAUUCAAUGUAAAUGAAAAUGUGCCUGUGGGAUUUCUAGUUGGAAAAAUCACAGCAACAGACAGAGACACAGGAGACAAUGCCUUUAUUCUAUACAACCUUACAGGUGGUGGAGGAAAUGUAUUUGAAAUAGAUGAAAUACAUGGCAUGAUUAAGAUCAAGAAUCCUCCAGACUACGAAACCAUGAAUAAAUACAACCUUACAGUGAAUGCAGUCAACAAUAAAUCUGACCCUUUCUAUCAGGCAACUACUCAUGUCACUAUUCUGGUGAUUGAUGUGAAUGAUAAUGCUCCAGUAUUUGCUCAGAGUUCCUAUUCCGCUUCUCUAAACAUGAUUAAUCCUGUAGGUGCUCAUGUCAUAACUGUGAGUGCCACCGACAAAGAUCAGGGGGAAAAUGGCCUUAUUGAGUACUACAUUCUCCCUGAUCGAAACUUCAGCCCAUUUUUCCUGAUAGAAGAUAUGAGUGAGGGGAAAAUAAUUACAACUGGAAACCUGUCUGAGUUCAGAGAGAUCCACUUAACAGUGAUGGCGAAGGACAAAGGCUUGCCAUCUUUAAAUGCCACUGCUAUGAUCACUCUGAAUGUGUUUGACAACCGUCCGUUUGUUCCUCGGUUUAACGAGUGUGAAAUCAGCAUUUCUGUUUUGGAAAACACAGGAGUGGAUUAUUUAAUUUAUGUUUUCACUGUGGCUGGAGCUCUUGGAAAAUCCCUAAGUUACACAAUUGUAUCUGGCAAUGAAAAAGGUCAUUUUCGAUUGGAUCAGAAAAGUGGUCAGCUGAGAACAGCGACUAACUUGAACUACGAGGAUGUUUCUCAGUAUGUGAUUUUCAUUGAGGCAAAUGAAGAUCUCUCAUCUGCUGCAGACAUACGGCGUUCAGAUCUGUUUGCCCCAAAUGUGGUGAUGCUGACAAUCUCAGUGCAGGAUGUAAAUGAAGAGCCAGUGUUCCUGAACAGUGCUUACUCUGCUCGGAUACCAAAUUCUGUGCCAUACAAGUACCCUGUUAUUACAGUUCAGGCCACAGAUCCAGAUUCAGGAGACAAUGGACUUCUGCUGUACAGCUUAGUGAAUAACCAAAUGAAUGAAUUUGACAUCGAUGAAAACACAGGGCAGAUUUUUACAGUUUCUGUAGCAGGAAAGGUUGAAACAAUUAAUCUGGAAGUUCAAGCUGCAGACCAAGGCAUAAGAAAACUCACAGCCCAGACAACAGUCACUGUAACCAUUGAUUCCAGUUCCAGCAAUAACAUUGUGGUCAUGGUACUUAAUCAGAAGAUCAAUGUUGUUGAAAGAAACAUCCUUGAAGUAAAAAGGCUUCUGGAAGACAAACUGGCAUGGAAAAUAUAUGUCAUUGAUGUUAAUUCCAAUGAGUUUGAGAGAAAAGCAAGAAGCAGCACUGAUGUAACCUACAUGAAAAUCAUCGCUUUUGAUGAGGAAAACCAGGAAGUACCUGCAGAAGAUUUCAAACGAAAACUAAGGGAGCAGAACAGUGACAUUGAGAUGGAACUGGAGAAGAUCUUUUCAACUUCUGUAACUGCUGCCAUAGAAGAGCCUCCUGCAGAGUCGGCAGCUCCUGAACACAUUGCAGCCAUCGUGCUGGGUGUUCUGCUAGCCUGCACUCUCGCAGCCUUCCUGGCAUACAUCGUUCUUACUAUAAAAAGGAAAAGAAAGUACAAUCAAGAGAAUCUGAUUAAGAAGCAAGCUGAAAUUGUGGAGGGAAUUGACAAUCCAGGUGCAGCUGACAAAAAUGGAAGUCUGAAAGGUCUAGGGACACCAGAGUGCAUGGAUGAUGUGAAAACUGAAGUAAUAGCUUUUAGCAACCUGUGUGACACCAGAGGAGGUGAUGCUGAUAAAGACCUCCCGGCUGAUGAAAAAGGUGAUUACCUCGAGACACUAAAUUGCAACAGUGAAUGUGAAGAACAUGUAGCAUCUCGAAAAGCCACUGAACCUAGCAAUGUGUAUGCUCAGGCCACUGCAGAACUCUCAACAAAACAGGAUUGCUUUCUGACAGAUACAAAUCAAGAAUCAUCUCUUUCCUUAACACCUGAUCCCACACUGAAUACUCCUGAAAAAGAACUGAAAGGAGUAAAAUUUUCAGAAGUGGCAGUUAUUUUGGAUGCAGAGCCUGAAGAUUUUGAGUCUGAUGAUGAUGGAUCUUUUUAUCAGUAAGAAAGCUUGAUUAAGAAAACCAAAGGGAAGCCCCAAGGACAGUCAUUGUAACAGUACAGAAUUAAAUGAGCAAUAAGGACAUGGGAAUGUGAUCCUGAUUGUAAUUCCUGCUCUUCCUGGAGUUAGUGCUGGAACAGAUGGACAAGAAAGGGCUGCAGAAUGGUUACUUCCCUUGAAGUGGUGCUCUCCCACAAUGUAUUUGGCUUGGUAUGAUGUGUGUGAAAGGGCAAGCUAAUUAAAACAAUUCCAACAAAUCCAACUUAUUUUGGAUCAACU